UGGUCCGGCCAGACACCCGCGUGUGUCCUCCAGCAGCUGCUGUGUUGUUCUCUCUAUUUGUGGAUUAUUAUAGUGUUUUAAGGUUGAUGGUGGCUCCACCAGCAGCCAGACUGACAUAGGCCCGACUGUACUUGUGGGUGGACAAGAGUGUGGGGGUCAUGGAGAGGCAUGGUGCAGCCUAGUGCCUGUAAAAUCCCACCUAGCGCUGAGGUACAGCUAAUAUUGGAUACGAAUCUUCAGGCGGUCUACACAGCGACGGCUGGAUCAAUGGUUAUGGGUCAAGAAACAGAUAUACCAGUUACAGAUGCAGUACAAAAUUCAACAGAUACCUCUGACCCCACAACUGCUACAGACUCUACAGCCACUACUGAAACCACCACCACCACCACCACCACUACCACUACCACCACCACCACCACCCCUGAGCCCACAACCUCUGAAGCCACAACUGAACCUAUAACUACUGAAGUGACUACUACUGAACCUGAGACUACUACUGAACCUCAAACCACUACUGAAAAUCCUACCACACCAUCACCAGAUGCAAAGUACAGUGUGGAAGAGGGAAAUGUCACCUGUAUAAUCAUUGAUGGUGGAAUUUCCUUUACUGUGAAAUAUGCUGAUCGAAAUAAUGUAAGUAGAGUACUCUACAUUCGUAUUACUUAAAGUAUAUUUACUGUUAAUUUUAAGAGCAUAUUUAAAUUAUAAUACUUAAUGGUAAAGGGUAUAAAAUGUAUGAAACUAAUUUACUUCGCAGCUAAUUCUUAUCCUGACCCCUUUUGUCAUCUCCCAUGUAUAUGGGGCUAAAGCAUGGGUUUUAAACAUUGUAGUGAGGAGCUUGAAGGCAGUGGAUAUGUAGUGUCUGAGGGCAGUGUGUGACAUGUAAUGCAGAGAAUUCGCAGUUUGGAGAUUAGAAGGAAAUGAAAGCUUUUAGAGGCUGGUAGCACUUGUUCAUAGAACUAUCAUAUUUUUUUUUCUCCACUUGUGGGGUUUUAUAGGUGUUCAAGUAAUUGGGAUGGCCUAAAUAAUGAUCAGUCAUUACUUAUACAGUGGACCCUCUGGCCACAAAGCUUUCAAGCACGAACAGAUCAGUUCACGACCAAAAAAAGUGCCAAAUUUUUACAUCUGAUCAUGAAAGCAAUCGGGUGCUUGCUGAACAAACAGCCGCGCCAAUUUUCACAUUCCACACCAGUUUUCCCCCACUUGGGAGGUCAGGUCCCUCUCAAAUCCAGCCGUUCUCACUAGUAGAGGUUGUCUAAGUUGAUUGUAGGUCUGUACCAAGAUAUCCUUGUGUUGCAGUGUCUGACAGAUUGAAAUAAAGAUACCUAACUGUUGCAUGUGUCUUACCUAACAACCUGUCGGUAUUUUAUACCAUUUUCAUGUUCAGCUCUAUACAUCACUAGUGAGGCCUCAUUUAGAUUAUGCUGCUCAGUUUUGGUCCCCUUACUACAGGAUGGAUAUAGACUCAUUAGAGAACAUGAAAGUAAAGACACAUGCAACAUCUGGAAAUCUUUAACGUAGACGUUUCGCCAUCCAGUGGCUUUAUCAAUACAAAUUCUAGGACAUAAUUGGAAGACUGUAGAAAUAUAUACAAAAGUUGAGGUAAUCAGUCCCUCAGCCUAGGAGAUAGUGUUCACAGCAUCGUUUAUAUAUUUCUACAGUCUUCCAAUCAUGUCCUAGAAUUUGUAUUGAUAAAGCCACUGGAUGGCGAAACUUCCAAGUUAAAGAUUUCCAGAUGUUGCACAUGUCUUUACUUUCAUAGUGUUGGUAUUUUAUACCUUUCUUGCGCAUUAGAGAACAUACAGAGAAGAAUGACUAAAAUGAUUUACUGUGUAAGGAACCUCCUGUAUGAAGAUACUUAAAGCCUUAAAUCUCCACUCUGGAGAGGCAUAGAAUGAAGGGAGAUAUCAUUGAAGUGUGUAAGUGGAUGACAGGCAUAAACAAGGGAGAGAUUAAUAAAGUACUGAGGGUGUCGAACCCGGUAAGAACCAGAAAUAAUGGAUAUAAGUUGGAUAAAUUUAGAUUUAGAAAGGACAUAGGUAAGUACUGGUUUUCUAACAGAGUUGUAGAUGCGUGGAAGAGUCUUCCCAGUGGGGUGAUAGAGGCUAGGACCUUGGGUAGCUUUAAGAAGACUGGACAAAUAUGAGUGGGAGGGGCUGGGUUUGAUUGGUGUCAUGGGGUACGGGAGUUAUUUCUUGGGUAGCUUUAGGUAGAGGUCGUUUUGAUAAGGACCUGCCUUGUAUGGGCCAGUAGGCCUUCUGCAGUGUUCCUACAUUCUUAUGUUCUUAUAUUCCAUGUUUGUUAUUAAUAUUGUUUAUUAUGUCAUAUUAGUUGAAUUGUGAUAGAUAAAUAAGCAUUAUUAGUGUCAUAUUCUCCAACAGUUAACUUGCCAUCCCUCCCUCGCACAAACAAAUCGCCAGUAAGAACAUAAGAAAGGAGGUACACUGCAGUAGGCCUGCUGGCCCAUACUAGGCAGGUCCUUUACAAUCCUUCCCACUAAGAACAUAAUGGAAGAACACUGCAGGUCUACUGGCCCAUACAAGGCAGGUCCUUAUCAAAAUGACCUCUGCCCACAGCUACCCAAGAAUUUACUCCCGUACCCAAUGACACAAAUCAAACUCUACUCCUCCAACUCGUAUAUUUGUCCAAUCUCUUCUUAAAGCUACCCAAGGUCCUAGCCUCGAUCACCCUACUGAUAAGUGUUGUUAAAUAAGAACUUAAGUUGGAACAGGCCUGCUGGCCCAUACUAGGCCGGUCCUUCACAAAUCCAACCCACUAACGGAACAAAUGCUACCCAAGCAGUAAGCUCGGGUGCAAGUCCGACUCAAAUCCAACCCCUCACUCGUGUAUUUAUCCAACCUAAAUUUGAAACUACCCAAUGUUUUAGCUUCGAUCACCCUACUAGGCAGACCGUUCCACUCAACUACCCCUAGUACCAAUGUUCAUUUAUACAUUUUAUUAGUGCUUUACUUUUAUUUGGAAUUUUUUUCUGCAUGUAAAUCUGUUUAUGCUAGGGAAGUGACCCCUGAAGUGACCUAGAGUCCUUAUGGAGGGGGAUUCCCCUUCCAAACAAUAACCACUCUGCCCUCUCUCCUCCCUGUCUUCCAUUCAUCAACAACAGCCUUCAAUAAAGGUAACUGUCAUGUUGAAUGUUCAUUCUUUUGUGCAUGUAAAUCUUUUAGGUAAAAAAAAUUGUUGAUACUUCUAGGUGUCUGGAACGAAUUAAUUGGAUUUACAUUAUUUCUUAUGGGGAAAAUUGAUUCGAAAAGUCUAUUUCGAUAAUAGUCCCACUUCCAGGAACGGAUUAAGGACGAUAAUUAAGAGACCACUGUAAUUAACCCUUUCAGGGUUUCGGCUGUACUAGUAUGGCUUACGUGCCAGGGUCCUUGACGUACUAGUACUCAUAAAUUCUAGUGCCUUCAAAUCUAGUGAAAGCUGGUAGGCCUACAUAUGAAAGAAUGGGUCUGUGGUCAGUGUGCGGUAUAAAAAAAAAAAAAAAAAAAAAAAAAAAAAAUCCUGCAGCAGUGCGUAAUGAGAAAAAACUGACCAUGUUUUUGGAUUAAAA